AUCAACGCGUUCCUGCCUUCUGCCUUCACCCGCGUCUUUUUCUCUCUCUGGAAAUCCCGAUUUACUUGUAAUUUGUCAGAUCUAAAGGCUUCUACGGACAUGGACGCCAUAGAUUCUGCUGUCGAUCCGCUCAGAGAGUUCGCUAAGGACAGCGUACGCCUUGUCAAGAGGUGCCACAAGCCUGAUCGUAAAGAAUUUUCGAAGGUUGCUUUGCGUACGGCUAUCGGUUUUGUGGUGAUGGGAUUCGUGGGGUUUUUCGUCAAGCUUAUCUUCAUUCCCAUCAACAACAUCAUUGUUGGAUCUGCUUAGGUCACCUUGAGGAUUAAGGAAUGCUGGUAGAGGAUCAACACCGUUGCAUAGUGCAAAUCAUGCUUAAAUGAUUUCUUUGCAUUUAGAUUGCUUAGACUUUUGUUAAUGUGAUAAGACAAGUUGAAUAUGAUACAUGAGAUUUUGAACUCUUUUGGUGUCCUUCAAGGCUCAUCUCCUUAAUUGUGAUUGGAUUUACAGUAUCAUUUGAGGUUUCAUACCA